CCGAUACAACUCUUUCCUCCCCAAGUUGCUCUUGGUCACGUGUUUCACCACAGCAUUUAGAAAGCGAACUAGGACGUGCAGCUCCUCUUUGGAGACAUUCUAAGUAACCGAGAAACGAGAAACGUUUCCUGACUUGCUAGAGGAUUUGGAAAAUGACAGUGUUCAACGCCAGCCUUCGCUCUGCUCCUUUCUGGAGAGGGAGUGGCGUUAAGAGGGAUCUUAUGGCCUGUUGGGACCUUGCACAGCUGAGACUGGGGACCUUUUGGGCAGAAAUCUGCAAAAGGCUGUGGAGGACUUUGACUGGAUUUGAGGUCCAACAACAUGCCUCCAUUUCUGUUUCUACCAGCCAUCUGCACUCUCCUGUUCUCCAGAGUGUCUCUGACCACCUCUCUUCAGGAAGUGUAUGUGAGCCGGGAGACCAUGGGGAAGAUUGCAGUGGCCAGCAAAUUGAUGUGGUGCUCAGCCGCGGUCGACAUCCUGUUUCUGUUAGACGGCUCUCACAGCAUCGGGAAAGGGAGCUUCGAGAGGUCCAAGCGCUUUGCCGUUGCUGUCUGUGAUGCCCUGGACAUCAGCCCUGGCAGGGUCAGAGUGGGAGCCAUGCAGUUUGGUUCCACUCCUCGUCUGGAAUUCCCCUUGGACUCCUUUUCAACCCGGCAGGAAGUGAAGGAGAGCAUCAAGAGGAUAGUUUUCAAAGGUGGGCGCACAGAGACAGGCCUAGCCCUGAAACGCCUGAGCAGAGGGUUCCCUGGAGGCAGAAAUGGCUCUGUGCCCCAGAUCCUCAUUAUUAUUACGGAUGGCAAGUCCCAGGGGCCUGUGGCUCUACCGGCUAAGCAGCUUCGAGAAAGGGGCAUCGUCGUGUUUGCCGUAGGAGUACGUUUUCCCAGGUGGGAGGAGCUGCUCACGCUGGCCAGUGAGGCAAAGGAACAGCACGUGCUGUUGGCCGAGCAAGUGGAGGAUGCCUCCAAUGGCCUCCUCAGCACCCUCAGCGGCUCCGGGCUCUGCACCACUGCUGACCCAGACUGCCGGGUGGAGGCUCACCCCUGUGAAAGGAGGACUCUGGAGACCGUCAGGGAGCUCGCCGGCAAUGCCUUGUGCUGGAGAGGAUCAAGGCAGGGGGACACCGUGCUGGCUGUGCCCUGUCCUUUCUACAGCUGGAAGAGAGUGUUCCAGACGCACCCCGCCAACUGCUACAGGACCGUCUGUCCAGGCCCCUGUGACUCCCAGCCCUGCCAAAAUGGAGGCACGUGUGUUCCAGAAGGUGUGGAUAAGUACCACUGUCUCUGCCCACUAGCUUUCGGAGGUGAAGUCCACUGUGCCCCGAAGCUGAGCCUGGAAUGCAGAAUCGAUGUCCUCUUCCUGCUGGACAGUUCUGCAGGCACCACCCUGGAGGGCUUCCGGCGGGCUAAGGCCUUUGUGAAGCGCUUCGUGCAGGCCGUGCUGAGGGAGGACUCUCGAGCCCGGGUUGGAGUGGCCAGUUACAGCAGGGAUCUGAUGGUGGCAGUGCCUAUUGGGGAAUACCAGCAUGUGCCAGACCUGGUCAGGAGCCUUGACAGCAUUCCCUUCAGCGGCGGCCCAACCCUGACAGGGAGCGCCUUGCUACAGGUGGCAGAGCACGGCUUUGGGAGUGCCAGCAGGACAGGCCAGGACAGGCCACGCAGAGUAGUGGUUCUGCUCACAGAAUCACACUCCCAGGAUGAGGUAGCUGGGCCAGCAGAUCACGCGAGAGCUCGGGAGCUGCUCCUCCUGGGAGUGGGCAGUGAGAUCGUGCAGGCAGAGCUGGAGAAGAUCACGGGUAGCCCGAAGCAUGUGAUGGUCCACACAGACCCUCAGGACCUGUUCAGCCAGAUCCCAGAGCUGCAGAGGAGGCUAUGCAGCCAGCCACGGCCAGGCUGCCAGGCACACUCACUGGAUCUGGUCUUCCUGUUGGACGCCUCCGCCUCCGUGGGACGUGAGAACUUUGCCCAAAUGCAGAGCUUCAUCAGGAAAUGCACCCUCCGGUUUGAUGUGAAUCCUGAUGUGACACAGGUCGGCCUGGUGGCAUAUGGCAGCCAGGUGCAGACCGCCUUCGGGCUGGACACCCACCCCACCCGGGCUGCCGUGUUGCGGGCCAUGAGCCAGGUCCCUUACCUGGGGGGCGUGGGUUCUGCUGGCACAGCCUUGCUGCACAUUGAGGGCAAGGUGAUGACUGUCCAGAGGGGUGCCCGCCCCGGUGUCCCCAAGGCCGUGGUGAUGCUCACAGGCGGGAGUGGGGCAGAAGAUGCAGCUGUCCCUGCCCAGAAGCUCAGAGACAAUGGCAUCUCAGUCUUGGUGAUGAGUGUGGGAGCUGUCCUCAGGGAGGCAGUGAGGAGGCUUGCUGGUCCACGGGACUCCCUGAUCCAUGUGGCAGAUUACACGGACCUGCGGUACCAUCAGGACACACUCAUCGACUGGAUAUGUAGAGAAGCCAAGCAGCCAGUCAACCUCUGCAAGCCCAGCCCAUGCAUGAAUGAAGGCACCUGUAUCCUGAAGAACAGCAGUUACCGAUGCGAGUGCCGGGGCAGCUGGGAAGGCCCCCACUGUGAGAACCGCAUCUUGAGAGGAGAUGCCCCCAUGGCACGCAGCUCCCACCAAGAGCCUGCAGGAAGACAACAGCCACCCCCCUCCCAGGAUGCUCCCAAGCACCCUGGAAUCUGAAGGGCCCUGUCCUCAGCCAAGUAAAUCUCCUGGGGGCCCUGGAGCAUCUGCGUCCAGCUCUAAGAGCCAUUUUCCCCACAAGCCUCUGCCACGGGGGACACUGCUUGAGACAGUAGCAGCUGUCACUAUGGUGAUGUUGGGAACGCUGACUAUGUCAGUAUUUACCUCCUGUGUCCAUUUGUACCCUUGUUGAGGUAAGCUGUCUGUCACUUUGCCUGAGGAUAAGAGGCAGGCCAGAGAGAUCUGAUGACCUUCUUGAGGGUCAUCACAGAUGCUAGACAGAUGUUGGUAAGGUGAUAACGCUUUGAAGACCUGUCAAACCCUGUCAGAGCGCACCACCUGGUGAUUGGUGCAAAAGGUGGGUGUCUCCAUUUUCCAAAAGACAGCUCCCGUGGAUUUAGUUUGAAAAGGGAUAAUGUGUCAUUUGUGACUUUUUCUGGUGACCAGAUUGGGGGGGCUGAGGGGGGGAAGACCUGGGAAGGUCUCAGGCAGCCAUUUGACCAAAUAACCAGUUUGUGCAUAGGGGAGGGGCAUAUUGUAAGAACAGUGAACGAACAGCCAUGUGUGAUUGGUCUGAGUGCGGCGCAAACAGCCUCCGGAGGGCCUUCCUUUCAGAGUUUACUCAAGGGAGCGCAGUGCAUUUGCUGCCCUCCUCUGUGUGGUGGCAAUGAUGGGCAGACUUCUCAAACUCAGCAGGUGAGGGAUGAGGAGGUGCCCAGGAGGUGUGCUUUCAAAGCUUACUGUGCUGUCCUGUCUUAAUGUGCGGCUCACGCUGUCGGUAAUGUUUCAGGACAGAUUGGUCGUUCGUCCAUCAGGACUGGCAAUGAGUAUUCUUUGGAAUAUCUUUGGCAAACUAGGUUCUUAACUGCAGUACUAACACAUCAGUCCUCACACACACAGCCCCUUGUUUGUGCUGUUUGAAGCUGGGUUUUCAGAAAAAGCCAUUUGUAGAGUUCUGGGAGCUGAGAAGCAUUUUAAUAACGUGUAUCUGUGCAUAGCCAGAGCUGUAAACUCUGCCCAUGUUUUGUGUACCAGUCUGUGGCUGAGAUGCUGCUCCGGGUUUGCAGAAUGCUUGCCCCACCCCCACCCCCGGUUUUUUUCUUUACAUUUACACUGGGGAUGUGAACAUUAUGUAUUGUUAUAUUUCAAUCACUUAACCAAUGUGUAGACAUUGUCACAGCAGAGCAGUGCUGACUUCAUCGCAGAACACCAGGAUUUCCCAAACUCCUGCACAGCUGUAGCCACAGUGCCCUCCUGUGAGCGCCUGUCCGCGUCUGUACUUAUGGUUCUCCUGCCAGUCUGCUGUACUCUACUCUGGCUUGUCAGUGCCAUGUUCAAGGAGUCAGAUUUUGGUCUUGAUGUUUUUUAAACAUAAAAUAAAACAUUUAUGUUCUGGAUGUCCGUAAUCAUUUGCCUAGGCAGGCUUCUAACAAA